CAACCGUACAGUGCGAGAAGUCUCAUCUCCCAACUCACCCUCGUGUCUUCGGUUGCCUGCAUCACUUUGCCAUAUCGUCGCCGUGAUGGAUGUUUUAGAUCGCCCGUACGGGGUUGGCAUGCGCAUUCAAAACAACUGCCCCGUCGGAAGUCAGGAGUGUAGUAAGAGGUCUGGGACCGCGCAUGGCUUUGUUAGUUGCUGCCCUCGGGAUUCCACAUGUGCAACGUCAGAUGGCACCUACUGCUGCCCGGAUGACAUGAAAGAGUCAGAGUGCAGAGACCUAGUCAUCGACGGAGCGCACUGUGCCAAUGAAACGUGGUCCCUGUUCCAGUCAGGUCUCGAUGACGGGUUCUUUUGCUGCGAGGCUCAGGAUAUUGGAUGGUGGGGUUCGCUCGGGGGAAACAGAGGGUAUGUCGGAUGCGGCCCGAAUGGAUCAAGCAACUCAGAUGACCACGUCGUAUCUCCUGUCGCCCAAAUAUUACCCUCCGGUACCGUGCAGCCCACUACUGUGCCCUCCUCCACCGCCGCGCACCCGACCAGCGCCUCGGCCACCUCGGAAACUACUAUAGCCACGCCGUCGUCCGCUCCGGCCGACGAUGAUGAGUCCACGUCCAGUAGCCACACCGGCGCCAUUGCUGGCGGCGUGGUCGGGGGCGUAGCCGGUGUUGUCUUGAUCGUAGCGGCAAUAUUUUUCCUACUCCGUCGCCGCCGGCGCCGGCCAGAGCCGGCAACCCCAGUUCCUGUGACCUCCCCCAACAGACCGAUGAACGAGCUGGAGGGCAAAGCCAUGCCACACGAACUUGAGGGUCAACAGCGCAGCGAGAUGGAUGCGCAGUCGCCACCGUGGGAGCAGCAUGAUCAAACCAAGCGAUUCGAACUGCCCUAGCUGGAACGGCGCGAAGUAUCCGCCUGUGGCUCAUGCAUUGGACGUGGGUAUUUAACCGACGGCCUUAGCGCCGCGGGAAUGAUGAAACCACCGGUCACGUCCAUACCCAGCUGAUCCGAAGAUUUUUUCUUCCGAUUGAUCCCUUUUACCUCGCUCAGUGACUCAACCGCUUGUGCUCUGAACGA